AAGCUCCAAAAACGUAAUUUGGGAAUCCUUCUCUUUCUCACUUCUCGCGCCUCUGCAUCAUAUCUAUUUGGCUUAUGCGAUUCGCAUACGGAGUUGCGUAAUUGCGUUACAGAGAUUCUUCGGUUUCCCUCAAACAAUUUGGCCUUUUGGUCUCUGAGUUCCGAUUUCUUAGAGCACAAGAAAACAAGAUAAUCGGUAUGGGCGGCGGAGGAGUGAUGAGGGCGGCGGCGGCGGCAAAGGUCGUCGGAAUCACGGCUGCCAACGGCGGCUUCCGAGGCUUCGCGCUGGAUCAUCCGGUAUCCGCCGCCGUUCGUCCUGUUGCGGCUUCGGCGAUUUCUUCUGCCUGUGACGAUGUCAGGGGAGUGCGCUCUGCUACGGACAUUCCUGCGGCGGCGGAGGGGAUUUCGGUGCCGAAGCCGAUUUUGGAGUUUGAUGACUGGGGAUUUUCCGACGAGGAGGAAUCGCCGCCGGCUCGGCUCGUCUUCGGCAGCGCGCCUACUCUCCAGGAAGCUAAAGAUGCCACUUCUGACCUCAAAGAAGCCAUUGAUAACUUGUUUUUGUUGCCCAACCAUUUUGGAAGUUCCCAAGCCACCGGAGGGGACCUGUCUUCAAGUUUCCAUAUUUUGGAGACUAAAUCUUGUGAUAAUAGCAGCGUAACAGUCAGUACUCCCCCGACACCAAGAAAUGCCCUUCAGGCAUUCAGGCUUCUCAGUGAAAGUGCUGCUGCUCAGAGUGUCGUUGCUUCGAUUGCUUCUGAUCCAAAGGUCUUUGCUGCGGUGUUGGAAAAUCCUGAACUAAUGCAAUUCAUCGAAGCACACAAAUCUAGCGCUUCCUCUACCGGGAGCAACGACCUGGACGUGGAGGAUUGUGCUUCCGACAAUGGUUCAUCGUAUCUACCACCGCCAAGAAGCACAGAUAAGCCUGCAUUUCGAACCAGAUUUGCAGAUUUCUUCACGAAAUACCUACCAUCACCAAAAAGCAGCAAUGAUAAGUCUGAAUCUCGAAGCAAGGUUGCAGGUUUCUACAAUAAAACGAAAGCAGCGGUGACUGAUAUGAUGAGCAGCUUGGCUGAUUACUUCCAGAGUAUAUUUGGAGGGGACGAGGUUUAUGUAAACGAAGAUGGAAGUGCCAAAAUAGGCGCGGUGGAGAAAACGCUUGGAACUUCAUUCCUAGGAUUGGCAAUCAUGGUGAUCAUGGUGUUCGUGUUGAAACAAGUUUAAUGUCUGCAUCAUACAAAAGAAUUUGCCGAAACUAUGUUCUUUACAUUGAUACUAUCUUAACUGCUACAAAAAUCAUAAUUGGAGUCAAAUAUAUAAUACUAUAAGAGUCAUUUAUAUUUCAGUA